GGGGAUCAAAGGACAGCUUAGACUCCAAAACUGGGUCCGAUUCCAAAGUCAGCCCCAAUUGUAAGUCUGGGAUGGGUUCCAGAGACUGUCUUGAUAUUAAAACUACAACUGAAAUCAAAGCAAGCCAAACCAGUCCAGAUUUGAAGACUCUUGUGGGUUCUAAAUGUGGGAUGGAGUCAAACCUGGAACCUUCAGACUCUAAAGCCAGUUUCAAUACAAGUUUAAAACCAGGCUCUGAGUUGGAUCUCGGCUCUAAUUCUGAUGUCCGUUCCAAGUCUAAACCUCGUCCAACCCGUUCGACUUCUAAACUGUCUCUGGUGACCUCUGGCUCUAAGUUAGGUCGUGUUGGAUCUGUCUCCCCGUCAUCUUCUCGAACUGGUCUGUAUGGGUCCAAAGAUGACAACAUCAAGACUACAAUCCCCUGUGUUAAACCCAGUCCAGAUUCUAAAGCUGGUUCAGAUUCUUCAAAACCUAGACCAGUCCAGUCUACCUCAAAGUCAUCAGCUCUCUCAGCUUUGUCUUCCUCGUUGGCACUCUCUCCUAGAACAAGUUCGACAAUAAGGAGUCCUGGGUCUGGUCCUGGUAAAAGUCUUGGUUCUGGUCCAGCUGCAGCAAACAGGGGAGUCCAGAGGAGUCCUGGUUCAGCUCCAGGUUCUGGCCCUCUGGCUGACUCCAGCCCCAAAACCAGAACCACUGUUGCCUUGACAGUGAGGGGAGGAUCCACACCAGAGCCUGUGGACACUAACCCCAGCAGAACAGCCCUUACUCGGGGUCUCACCUUUGAUUCUGUCACUAAGGCUUUGCCAAAAACAGGCACAGCUGACGAGGAAGAACAUUUGCCGGAGACUGAAGUACCAGCUGUAGGAGGACCGGUGGUAUCCCAGGGGACUGUGCGAGGGGUAGAUGUGACAGACAACGCAAGGUGGUCGCAAGACACCCCACUGAGCGAACCAAGUCACCCGGGAGACGCAAAUGUCAUCACCGCUGGUAACAGCAUACCAUCGUCAAAAGCAACGGGUGUGGAGAGUGGGAAGGAAGAGAAGAAGAAGCAGAAGAGUGGUAAACAGAAAGAGAGCGCCAAGACAGUAAGGGAGGCAGCGACGAUGACUGACCCCAGUAAGGGGCUCGAUCUGUGGGGUGGGGAACGGAGAGAGGUGGGUAUCCAAGUUGAGGUGGAGGUGGUCGAAUGCUCGGCUUCCACCAGCUCCAGCCUACAGAGGGGAGCUCCCACGUCCUCUCGGUCAGGUAGUUUGACCUCACCGAUGGUCCCGUCCAGCCAGUCGCCUUUCCAGCACAUGUGCAAGAUCGACAUCGAGCUGCGCAGCCAAUCAAUGCUUCCCUCUGUUGUGACUGACCAGGCUGGUUCCCUCCCCACCUGUCUGCGUACAUACAGCUUCCAGCAGAGCCCUGCCCUCAUGUCAGAGCUACGACUCGGACAAAACCAAGACAGAAGCGUAAGUGCUGAGGGCACGUGGGAAGCUGAGGAGGAAGAGGAGGAGAAAGGGGAUAACAAAGUAGCGAGGGAACCAAACGAAGAGGACGAGGAAAGAAAAGAGCUGGUGAAACCACAGGAGGUGGCGUGGGACAAACAAGGGAUGACGUGGGAGGUAUACGGCGCCUCGGUGGACCUGGAGUGCCUUGGCUCGGCGAUCCAGACCCACCUGGAGUCAAAGAUUCGGGAGCAGGAGAAACACAUCACCACUCUGAGGAAGUCCAUCUGCUCCAACAGCAGCCUCAGAGGGUGGAAGAUGAAGAAGAGGAAGAAGAUGCGAGGAGGCAUUCUGGGUUGCUGCAGGAAGGCGCCUGCUGUGGCAGACUAGUCCAGACUUAAAAACACAACUGUAUGCAGAUGACAGACACUUAUAUGGGCUGAUUUUUAGUUCAUUCUUUGUGUUUUUAAGAGUCUGACACGAUCAAAUGUGGAGCGCUGUCAGCAGCAGAUGAGCAUGUAUUCGCUAUACAGUAGAGUUUCCAUGUGACACAGCAGAGACGCAGUGAGAGAGUCGGUAAUACUCCAGAGUCUGAGAGUUUAAGUGCACAGGACGGCAGCUCUCUGCUCUCACUGGUGGUAAAUAUUUCAAACAAGAAACGUUACACAAGCCACUCAAACAAUGUGUGUGUGUCCUUUCCUUUCC